UUCUUUUUCCUUUUAGGUCUGUAUUAGAACGUGACUCUUUUCCUUUUGGUGUCAUAACUACAGAUGAGGCAAAAAGACUUGGCUAGAUUAUUCGCUCGCGGUAAAUCAUCUUAAGCUAUUCAGGACCCACGGAGCCUCAUUCUGUGAAUAUAGUUUCUCUGUAAUGAAUUGCACCCCGUUAUAUGAUAACACACAAUGAAAUUCGGAACUGCGUUGGUCGUCUGGUGGUAACAUUUAACUGCGCAUGCGUUGGUCGUCUGGUGCUACAUUUUCUCUAACACUGUAGUUUCGUGUAUCUGGAUUAUUCAAUCAUGACGUGCAUGUAAGUGAAAAUGGACAAACUAGUUAGACUAAAUGUAUGGAUAAAUACGGAGUGGGGAAACGUGUCAUUGUUGCAACAUUCUGACUUCUGUGAUCCAGGUUCAGUCAUCUUCCUUGACAGUGGCUGUACACGUACUUCAGAAGAUUAGCACGUACCGAAACAAUACGAUAAGAUUUACAUCACCUGGGAGACUGUUGUAAUUACAAAUGGGGGACAACACGCACACAGCAGACAUGCUUGAAUACAAUGUGACAUCUACGGAUUUUCCUAAUUCAAGUUUUGUGAAUGAAAACAGUGAUGACUACAUAACACCUAAUCCGGAAUAUGUCCGUAUCAUGAAUGGUUUUGUAAUUCCUAUUUUAGCUGUAGUUGUUCUUAUCACCAAUGGCGUAGUCAUCGCAGUUUUCAAGCGACAGAAGACGUACGGGGCGAGCCAGGCUGGGCUAGUGGGAGUCGCGGUGUCCGAUACGUUGACCAUGCUAUUUCCAGCCCCAUUUUAUUUCGUGGAAAACGGUCUACAAUACCGAAUCUCAUGUGACUUCAUUUCAAUAAAGAAUUGGAUUUCUCUGUUCUUGCCUACUAUCACGCACACCGCCUCCAUAUGGCUGACGCUUCUGUUGGCUACACAGAGGUAUAUGUAUGUUUGUCACCCAUUCGCUGCAAGAAAAAUCUGUACACUUCGUAACACAACGCUGUUGAUCAUAUUAACUUAUAUUCUGGCUGUUCUCAUGCACUUGAGUCGGUUUAUUGUGUCGGAAAAGGUUCAGAUAUCUGAGAACCACUGUGUCUAUUGGUUCAGUGAGUUCAUUAAUGUCAACGCCUACUUGAUCUCUUAUUUGUUCAUACGAAUCAUCCUGAUCCAGUUUGUGCCUUGUAUUUCUCUCAUCGUUCUGAAUGCAAAAAUGAUUUGUGGCUUAAGAAACAUCACCAACAAAAAGAUCGAAAUGAACUGCAAUUCAGAAAACAGCAGCAGUGCCGUUAAAGAGAACAGACGCGUAACUAUCAUGAUUGUAUGCAUGGCGGCCAUUACUCUGUUGGUAGAACUUCCGGUUGGAAUAAUCCAGUGCCUCUAUGUUGACAUAUAUCUCUCAGGCGCCACAUUUGACCAAUACAACUUGCAAAUUUCGGAGAGAAUAGUAAAUCUUUUCAUUAUUUUGUCCUAUCCCUUGAAUUUUCUCUUAUUUUGUAGCAUGAGUUCCGAAUUUAAACAAACCUUAAAAGACAUGUGCUGCUUAAGUCCAACGAAGACGGUGAAAACUCCAAACACCUACACCGCGAGAACAGAAAUGGACAAAACCAAUGGAAACGUGUGUGAAGCACAAGAACUGCUUAAAGUUUCGACAAAUUAAGUUUCGACAAAUUUGUAAAAAGUGGUUGGACUGUGUUUUAUUCACCAUGAUAGCAAAUACAUCACAACGUUCAAA